AUGAUGUUCAGCUCCUGCUGGUUGAGAACGAGCGAAGGGGCGGGCAGCUCAGGGGGGCGAAGGACGUUCAGACUGGAGCCAAAGGCGCCAGGUGCCUCUCGGUCAUUUCCGCAAGCACCCGUAUCCGAAUCCAGAAACAAAGGGAACGAGAUCCAGCUUCAGCCGACCAUCAUCCCCCUCGCUUGGAAAACAGUGACUGACUCCGUUCUGAACGGAGCCAGCACAGCAACUAGAGCGGCAACAGAUAUUGCAGCAAAAGACCGAUCAGACGGUUUGGGGGGCACAGGGCUGAGUGCAUCGGACGGGGCAGCGGAAGCGGGAGUGAGCGGGAGGCCCCCAAUUGUGGUGAUCUGUGGAGGAAAGAACGUCGGCAAGUCGACGUACGGGCGGUACCUGGUCAACCGCCUCCUUGACCGGUACUCAGCAGUGUCCUACUUGGAGACUGACGUCGGCCAGCCAGAGUUCACCGCCCCGGGCCUCCUCUCCCUGCACCUGCUGACGUCACCCGUCUUCGGACCGCCCAGCACCCAUAUGCGAGACCCCAAAACGUCUUUCUUUUAUGGCGACGUCUCUGCCAAAACCGACCCGGAGCUGUACCUGCGGUGCGUGGUGGCGCUGUACGACGAGUUCCGGCGGAACCACUACGACGGGGCGGCCGAGGGGAAGCAGCUUCCGCUGGUGGUUAACACGCACGGCUGGGUUAAGGGCCUGGGCCUGGACGUUCUGAUCGACAUCCUGCGCUACACCGUCCCGACCCACGUGGUCGACGUGCAGUCCGCCAAGGCCAACAAGAACCUGCCACCUGGCAACUUCUGGGAGACUACAAUAGAGCCCCUCUCGCGCGUGCAUUACAUCCCGACCGCUGUUCCCGACCAAGUGGAUGCCAGCACCCCCUUCGCGCACAAGUUCGCCCCUGAGGAGCGCGCUCUCCGCCUGCUCGCGCACUUCCAAACGGCGACCGCAUCUGGCGCGCCCCCCGGCCUCGCCUUCAACGAGAACGACGCCUACUCCGCGCUCGCCACGUGUCUCGUCCACCACCGUCCGUUCCAGGUCCGGCUGGACGCCGUCCAAAUCUACCACCUGCACGGGUACGUUCCGCCGGAAGAGGCCCUGUGGGCGCUCAACGGGGCUGUCGUGGGGCUAGCGAAAGCGGGCGCGGAGCCCGAAACGGGGCCCAUGCCGCGGUGCCUUGGAAUUGGGCUGGUCCGCGGAAUCGACCCCGCCCGGGGCGUCCUCUUCCUGGUCACGUCCCUGCCGCUCGCGGAGCUGCAGGGUGUGAAUACGCUCAUCCAGGGAAAAGUUGAUUUGCCUCUCCAGCUUCUAAGCGCGCCUCCUUUUGUGUCCCCUUACCUGGCGUUUAAUUCGAUCGCGGCGGAGGGCACCGGCUCGGCCAUGGUGAAGAGCCGGAACAAUAUCAUUCGGAAGGUCGGGGAUUAGGCCUUCGUAGUCGUCUCGUUGGAGUCAGGUUGGUUGGUUGCUCGCUUGAAUCUUCAUUCAAGUUAUGAUAAACCGUGGCGUGCUCGUAUAAGCAGGCCUACAAGCCCUUCUGAGCAGCCCUUUAGCACACGUCAGGAUGACUGGUUGCUCCGAUUGAACAUGGUGUAUACUUUUACGAGCACUGAGCAGCACAUGGCCAUGGUUUGGACAAAAAUGAAUGUACGUACGGGCAAAUUCGAUUCGAUUGACGUGCUUAGGGCAGUGCGGCCGGGAUAAUCCAGUGUAAGCCCGCUUCUAUAAGCUCC